UGACCAAUGACCAGGAAGGAAUUUGCGUAAACGUCAAACAAAACCAUUCGAAGUAGUAUUCGAUUGAUUAGAUUGAUUUACUUUAUUUCGCCUUAAGUCGAGUAUGCCGAAAGUUCGAAGAAGCAAGAAGCCACCUCCGGAUGGUUGGGAAUUGAUCGAGCCAACGCUGGAGGAAUUGGAACAAAAAAUGCGAGAAGCUGAAACUGAGCCACACGAAGGAAAGAGAAAACAAGAAUCAUUGUGGCCCAUAUUUAAAAUUCAUCAUCAGAAAUCUCGUUACAUUUACGAUUUAUUUUAUCGUCGCAAAGCCAUCAGCAGAGAACUCUAUGAUUACUGUCUCAAUGAGAAUAUAGCUGACAAGAAUCUAAUAGCCAAGUGGAAGAAGGUUGGUUAUGAGAAUCUGUGCUGCCUGCGAUGUAUCCAAACCAGAGAUACAAAUUUUGGUACAAAUUGCAUCUGCAGGGUUCCGAAGGGAAAGUUGGAGGAGGGAAGAAUAGUCGAGUGCAUCCAUUGUGGAUGCCGCGGUUGCUCCGGCUGAUGGAAUGAAUGUAAAAUCAUUAUGAUAAUAAUAAUAAUAUAAGGCACUGAUUUAUUUAAAAAUUCAUAACUCGUUUAACGGGGUG